CAUAAGUUCCAUCGUCCCAGAUAAAUCCUAAUGUCAGUAUUUCUGACCGGAUGACGUAGCGGGCAGUCGUGUGUUCGCCUGUAACAUCGAAGCUGAAACAGUCCUGGGUUUUCAGCCGGCUUUCAGAUGCACCGCGACAUGAACCAAUUCGUUUUCGUCCCGAUAUAGCUCCGACUCGUUGUUGUGAGUUUAAUCCGUAGUUUUUUUAGUUUUUUCUCGCUUAUUAGUGGAAAAUGUGAACGAAGAAAAAACUUAUUGUUUUAAAACUUUUUUUUAAACAACUUUUAAUUGGACUUCUUCAGUUUCAUUAAGAAUUUUCUAAGAUUAACAAGAUAUGGGAAGCUUAUCAAAAAUAGCUAUUGGUGGCAGUAUACAUCGAAUACGAGAGUUUGAACUUGAAAAGGUGAGUUUGGCAGACGAGUUCGACAUACUACAAAUCGUCGGGGAAGGUUGGUUUGGAAAAAUAUUGUUGGUUGAACACAAAGCGACUGAUACAGAAAUGGUACUGAAAGCCCUUCCGAAACCUUAUACAGCUAUAAAAGACUUUUACAGAGAGUUUCAUUAUGGAUUGCAUCUGGCAGCACACAAAAAUAUUAUCACCACGUACGAUGUAGCUUUUGAAACUGCAGGAUUUUAUGUAUUUUCGCAAGAGUAUGCUCCGUUGGGUGAUUUAACGUCGAAUGUCUCUGAAACUGGGAUUGGGGAGCUUCAUACGAAAAGGGUGGCAAAGCAAUUGGCUGCUGCUUUGGAUCAUUUGCACAGCAGAGAUUUAGUGCAUCGUGAUGUGAAACUUGACAAUAUUUUAGUGUUUAAAUCGGAUUUUUCGCGUAUUAAACUGUGCGAUUUCGGGGAAACUCGUCGUGUUGGGGCUUUAGUGUUAAGAAGAAAUGAAUGGUUACCUUAUGCUCCUCCUGAAGUAUUACAAGUAGCAACAGACGGCAAUUAUAUGGCUUCAACUUCUCAUGAUGUUUGGCAGUUUGCCAUUGUAAUUUUCGUAUGUUUAACCGGUUGUCUUCCAUGGCAAAAAGCUGCGAGUGACGAUCCAAGAUAUUGUCGUUAUCUUUCGUGGCAAGCCACAACGAUACCAUUAAAGAAACAACCGAAGCUAUUCAAAUUGGUUUCGUCGAAAGCCCAAAAAUUAUUUAAAAAAUAUUUAGAACCUAAACCUGAAAAAAGACCUCUAGGAUUAGCUGAGAUUCAUAGAUUUAUGGAUGAUCGGUGGAUGUCUAAAGUAGGAAUGGAGAAAAAUAAUGAGGUUGCUAUGGAAGAGGAAGGUUUAUGUCCAUCGAUGUAUAGUUUUCAUAGUAGUCCCGAAGAAAAGAAUAAAUUACUGUUUUCCUUGACUCAAUAUGGACUGGAAACAACUGUGGAUCGAUCUGCAAAAAAAGAUAGGAUAAGGGCGUGGAUUCAAACGAGUGUUAUUGAAGAAGAAGAUGAGGUUGAACAUGAAGAAAUAACUGAAGAAGAUAUGAGGAUUAUUGAUAAUCAAGCGGGACCAAUAGGUGAAAGAAUAAAAGAAAGGGGACCGAUUUCGAAUAAUAUGACAAGUGGGGAAAAGAAACAAAGACGGGCUUCUACAAUAAGUGUUAAAGCACCAACAGUUUAUACACCACCCAUUGAUCCACGAAUUCCUUUAGAAAAACAAAUGGAAAGAAAAAAAGUACAUUUUAAUAAGAACCCUGAGGACUCUUCCGGCAUAGGUUCUAUGACUUCUUUAGCUAAUGGUAACAUGAACCAACUCCAAUCAAUAAUCAAACCAGCGCAAAUUGAACAACUAAAUGAAAUGCAAAAUCAAACGAAAGAAAUGGGAAUUUCCCACAAAAUAAAUGUUCAAGUUCCACAAUCUAAUACUUAUUCUAUACCAGUAAGUCCACCAUCGCCACCUAGAGGUGCUGCACAACCUGGUACUAGCCAAAACAUAAAUGGCAAUUUUUCUAUUACCAGGAAUUCACCUAGUAUGAAAAAAAUAGUAGUUAGGGAUGAACAAAAAUAUUCGAUAUUUGGUAGUAAGAGUUCUUCUAGUAAUUCCACUGCUAAUUCAACAAAUCGUUUAUGAUAAAAACUUAUAUUGUUAGUUAGAAUUUUUGAUGUUAAAAUGUGAAAGGAAAGUGUUAAAAAAGAAACUUUUAAUAAAAUAAAGAUUUAUUUUA